AUGAGGUGCAGAAAGGCUACUUCUGGGCAGCGGGAUGAGGAUCUGACUCCAGCUGCCGGACCUGACGGGUGGUUGGUGCUCGGCUUUGCGGGUGACGCCAGCCUGAAGGAUGCUGGUGAGAGGAAGGAGCAUGGGGGUACACUUCUGGGCUCGGCCUCUCUCCGGGCGCUGACCCUCAGGUCAUCUCCCUUGCAGAGUCCCGCUGCCUCCCCUGACACAGAUGUUCCAAGAGCCCCAGGCCCUGAUGAUGACCUAACGGCCACAGCUACACGUGUCUCCCCAGGAUACCCGGAGAGGCCCUCGGGGCCCUGCGCCCCUUCAGGGCUGGAGGAGGCACUGAGUGCGCUGGGGUUGGAGGGAGAACGCGAGUACGCUGGGGACAUCUUCGCGGAAGUCACGGGGCGCUGCGCACUGCCCCAGAGAGCCCUGCCCCGCCCUGUGACCCCGGAGAUGCGUGCACUAGUGGUAGACUGGCUGGUCCAGGUGCAUGAACACCUGGGCCUGGCGGGAGAAACCCUUUAUCUGGCAGUGCACCUACUCGAUUCCUAUCUAAGGGCUGGCCCAGUGCGCCUACAACGUCUGCAGCUGCUGGGCGUCGCUUGCCUGUUUCUGGCCUGCAAAAUGGAAGAGUGUGUGCUUCCUGAGCCCUCUUCCCUCUGCCUCCUGAGCGCGGGCUCCUUUUCUCGGGCUCAACUGCUACGGGCCGAGCGCCGUAUCCUAAACCGCUUGGACUUCCGGCUGCACCAUCCGGGCCCACUGCUCUGCCUCCGGCUGUUCGCAGCGCUAGAGGGGAGUGGCCCCCAGGUGAUGUUACUUGCUACCUACUUCCUGGAGCUGUCCUUGCUGGAGGCUGAGGCUGCGGGUUGGGAGCCUGGUCGUCGCGCAGCUGCAGCUCUGAGCCUGGCGCAUCGUGUGCUUUAUGGAUUGGGCUCCAGGCCCCUGUCGGCAUUUUACAGCCCUGAGGAACUGAGCCCCCUGGAGCCAUGCAUGGCCCGCGCUGCACUCCGAGGCCCUGCGCCAGGCCGCGCGGCCGUCUUUCUCAAGUAUGCACGGCCCCCACGCCUGGGCACCAGUCUUGCCGCUGCCCGCCUCCUCCGCCGUCCCCAGCCUGGGCUUCCAUGAGUACUGAGACUCGGUAAAAAAAGAA